UCAUUUUGUCAUUUGUAGGUAGGUACAUAGUACUAGGUAUAUAGUUGUUUACAAUUUUUAUUGUCAUUAUAAAUAAUUUCUAUACAAAUACUAUUUUCCUACACGUUAUCAUUCCAAAAGCGUGCGAUCCGUGAAUAAUUUCUGUCCACUAGCGCACAUAUAUCGGUGCCACGUAUGAAGAUAAAGUAACCGAGCGAGUUGUUAGUGUGCUAAAGUUUCUUGGAAGAUUUGCCGAUUUAGUGAAAAUGUGUGGUACAGACAAGAAAUUGGGUGAAAUCCGAGCUCUGAUCCUGGUUGGUGGCUACGGGACUCGGCUAAGACCUCUAACUCUGAGUAGACCCAAGCCUCUGGUUGAGUUUGCAAACAAACCAAUAUUAUUACAUCAGAUAGAAGCGUUAGUCGAAGCCGGAGUUACACAAGUAAUAUUGGCAGUUUCAUACAGGGCAGAGGAUAUGGAAAAAGAAUUAACAGAACAGGUGUCUAAACUUGGAGUGUCUUUAACUUUUUCACAUGAGACUGAACCAUUGGGAACUGCAGGACCUUUGGCACUGGCCCGGGAACUGCUCAGCACUAGCACAGAACCCUUUUUUGUUCUGAACUCUGAUGUAAUAUGUGACUUCCCAUUCAAAGAGCUUGCUAAAUAUCACAAAAGCCAUGGAAAGGAGGGAACAAUAGUUGUCACAAAAGUCGAAGAGCCCUCAAAGUAUGGUGUGGUGUGUUAUAAAGAAGAUGGUGUAAUCGAAAGCUUUGUAGAGAAACCACAAGAGUUUAUUUCCAAUAAGAUUAAUGCAGGAAUGUACAUACUGAACCCAUCUGUGCUAAGCAGAAUAGAGCUGCGACCAACGUCAAUAGAAAAAGAAGUGUUCCCGUUCAUGGCCCGAGAUGGCCAGUUGCAUGCUAUGGAACUUCAAGGAUUUUGGAUGGAUAUAGGACAACCCAAAGACUUUCUCACAGGAAUGUGCCUAUAUCUCACUAGUUUAAGGCAGAAAAAUUCAAAUAAACUUUACGAUGGCACCGGCGUCGUCGGCAAUGUCCUGAUUGACCCCACCGCUACUAUUGGGAAAGGGUGCCGAAUAGGACCCAAUGUGACUAUUGGACCGGAUGUUAUUGUUGAAGAUGGUGCCUGCAUAAAACGAAGUACAAUUCUCCGAGGAGCUUGCGUGAGACAACACGCAUGGCUGGACGGCUGCAUCGUCGGCUGGCGGUCCGUGGUGGGCCGCUGGGUCCGAAUGGAGAACUGCACCGUGUUGGGGGAAGAUGUCAUUGUCAAAGAUGAGUUAUACGUAAACGGGGGCCAAGUCUUGCCGCACAAAUCUAUUGCAUUAUCUGUGCCGGAACCGCAGAUUAUUAUGUAAAGACUGUCUUAUGUGUAAACAGUGCCAUAUGCACAUUAACUUAAGAACGAUUUUAGAUUUAUUAUUUAAAUGCGUGUUUGUAGACGUAAUGUAACAAAGUCAUGAAGUGCAAUUAAAAAUAUUAAUUUUCCUGAUUAUUUUCUCUAUAAAUAAAUGUUUCCUUCUAAAUAUUACAACUGUGUGGCAUUUUCAUUAAUUAAUUAAUUUUUUGGCCAAACUGCCACAUUUAUUAUCACAAGAUAAUUUUUUUUUCGAAAUAGGUAGACAGGAAGAAAUAUUUUCCAUAGUCAAAGCACACAAAUUUAUAAAUUGUCCAGUUUAAGAUGACCGUUACUUAAGUUAAUUUUAAAAAAGCAAAUAUUUACUAUUAUCACAGAAACUCAAACUUCUGUGACUAUCAUAUUUUAUUGUAAUAACUUCUUCGUUUCUACUAAGUUAAGUAUUUUAUUUACAUAAUAGAUUAAUUCGAUUUCAAAUUAUUUACGCAUAUGUUAAUUUUUUUUUUUUAAUGAAAAUAAAUCUACAUUUAGUACCUAUGUCAAACCAAAUUGCACAGAUCACAUCACAAUACAUAAGAGUUGAAUCUGUUUGUUCAUUUAUUUCGUUAGUUGAUAGACUCGGGGCUUAAUCAGAAGAUAUACAGAUAACCAAAUUUAUAUUCGAGUUAUUAAUAGGUCAUUUUAGUUUCUAAAUAUAGACAUAAUAUGUUGAAUGUGAAAUGUAAACAUUCCCUUACAAGGCAAUUCUUAUAAAGAUGACUCUUCUUUGUAUUAUCACUUAUUUACACCAAAUUUAUUAGAAUAAUGUUUUUAUUUUAAUAUGAGAAUACAAAAUAAAUAACAUUCUGGA